UGCCGCUUAUAUUACCUUACCGCCAUUUUCGCUCCCUGGGACGCUUUUCCCGGUGGCUGUAGAAAUGCUUGCUGAUACGUAGCGGUAUUAAUAGUAUGUCAUUCAUGUGUGAAAUUAUGGUGCCUAAGAAGGAGGAGACUCACCAUGUAUAUUAGACAAAUUAUUAUCCAAGGUUUCAAGAGUUACCGUGAACAGACUGUUAUAGAUCCUUUUGAUCCACGUCACAAUGUAGUUGUUGGUCGGAAUGGCUCUGGCAAAAGCAACUUCUUCUAUGCUAUUCAGUUUGUUCUUAGUGAUGAAUUCAACCAUCUCAGGGCAGAACAGCGCCAGGCCCUCCUCCACGAGGGUACUGGCCCACGUGUCAUAUCUGCAUUCGUGGAGAUAAUCUUUGACAAUGCAGAUGGCAGGAUACCGAUUGACAAAAAUGAAGUGUGCCUGCGAAGAGUUAUUGGUGCCAAAAAAGACCAGUAUUUUCUUAACAGAAAAGCUGUAACAAAAUUAGAUGUCAUGAAUUUACUUGAGUCAGCUGGAUUCUCCAGAUCUAAUCCAUACUACAUUGUAAAACAGGGUAAAAUUAAUCAGAUGGCCACAGCCCCUGAUUCACAGAGGCUGAAGUUGUUAAGAGAAGUGGCUGGAACCAGAGUAUAUGACGAAAGGAGAGAAGAAUCCAAAGUAAUUCUCAAAGAAACACAAAGCAAGAGGGAAAAAAUUGAAGAAUUCCUUCGGACAAUUGAAGAUAGAUUGAAGACCUUGGAAGAGGAGAAAGAAGAGCUAAAGGAAUACCAGAAGUAUGACAAAAUGCGCAGAGCACUUGAGUACACCAUUCAUGAUCGUGAGCUGAAAGAAACCAGAAAAAAGCUGGAUGAUAUGGAAAACCAACGCAAGAAUUCUGGUGCUGAGCAGGAGCAGUUAAGACAACAACUUCAGAAAGCUCAAGAAUCAAUCAAAACACAGUCCAAAGAAAUGAAAGAAAUAAAGUCUAAGUUAUCACAAGUCAAAGAAGAAAGAGACACAUUCAACAUGGAACAGCAGCAGCUACUAAAGGAAAAGACCAAGUUGGAAUUUACAAUUAAGGAUCUAGCAGAUGAGGUGCAGGGUGACAACAAGUCAAAGGAAAGGGCAGAGAAAGAGCUUCAAAAAUUGCGAGCCACCAUUGCCCAAAAAGAAGCAGAGCUGGAAGCCAUCAGACCAAAGUAUGAGGAGAACAAAGCAAGAGAGGAAGAAGCUCAGCAUGAGCUGUCCUUGAAAGAUCAGAAACGAAAGGAACUGUAUGCCAAACAGGGCAGAGGCAGUCAAUUCACCUCCAAAGAACAGCGAGAUCAGUGGAUCCAAAAGGAAUUAAGGUCUCUCAACAAGGCUGUCAAGUCCAAGCAGGAUCAAAUUCAGCGACUGGAAGAUGAAAUUGUCCGCGAUAGCGAGCGCAGAACACAACUUGUUUCAAAAGUUGAGGAGUUAUCUACAGAUACAGAGAACUACAGACAGAGUAUUGAUGAACACAACAAAGUCUUUUAUGAAAUGAAGAAAAGAAAAGACCAGUUACAGAGUGAACGGAAUGAGCACUGGCGAAAAGAGAACAACCUACAGCAGAAUGUGAGCUCCUUAAAGGAAGAGCUAUCAAGAGCUGAUCAGUCCCUUCGGUCAAUGGCAGGGAAGCCAAUUCUAAAUGGUCGUGAUAGUGUGCAGAAGGUGCUUGACACAUUUAGAGAACGUGGUGGCCAUCUUGGAGAGAUUGCUGAGCAAUAUUAUGGUCUCCUUAUUGAAAAUUUUGAGUGUGAGAGAUCUAUCUAUACAGCUGUGGAAGUGACAGCUGGCAACAAGCUGUUCCAUCACAUUGUGGAAUCUGAUAAGAUUGGAACACAAAUCUUGAAGGAAAUGAACAAGCAAAAACUGCCUGGUGAAGUAACAUUCAUGCCUCUCAACCGCCUUACUGUGAAGGAUAUUGAUUAUCCACAAACAAAUGAUGCCAUCCCUAUGGUCAGUAAACUUACCUAUUCGGACCGGUACCACAAGGCCCUGAAGUACAUUUUUGGACGAACAUUGAUCUGUCGUAAUCUGGAGGUUGCCACACAUCUGGCUCGCUCCACUCGCCUUGACUGUGUUACAUUGGAUGGUGAUCAGGUCUCUAGCAAAGGAUCUCUUACUGGAGGUUAUUUCAACACUUCAAGAUCAAGAUUAGAAAUACAGAAGACAAGGUCUGAACUUCGAGACCAAAUUACUUCAGCGGAGACUGAGCUUAGAACUUUACAAGAGACGCUCAGAAAUACUGAACAAGAAAUAAAUAAAAUUGUAUCUGAAAUGCAGAAAACUGAGAUAAAAAACAGUAAAGCUAAAAAUUUGUUUGAGAAAGUGAAAACUGAUAUUCGAUUAAUGAAAGAAGAACAGUCAGGUUUAGAGCGCACAAAGCAACCUAAGGAGAGGUCUUUGACUCAGCUGAAGGCUAGCUUGGAAGCUAUGAUGGCCACUAAGGAAGGAUUGGAGUCUGAACUUCAUCAAGACCUUAUGGCAACGCUUAGUGUUCAGGACCAACAUGAAGUAGACCAGUUAAAUGAUGAUAUCAGACGACUUACUCAAGAUAACAAGGAAGCCUUUACUCGACGGAUGAAACUUGAGGCUGACAAAAAUAAACUUGAAAACCUUCUCACAAAUAAUCUUCACAGAAGAAAAGAUGAACUCAUGCAGGCCUUGCAAGAAAUCUCUGUGGAAGACCGAAAGCGUCAGCUAGAGCAUAGCCAGAGUGAAAUCCAGCGAGUGGAUUCACGAAUAGAGGAGGUAGCUGUACAGUACAAAGAAGUGGAGAAGAAAGUCACAGAACUUCAAAAGAAGGAAAAGAGCUUGAAAGUUGAAUUAGAAAAGGUUAAGUCAAGAGAAAAGGAAGUUAUGGAACGAAUGGAAGAAGAUGCCAAAGAUUUGGAGAAGAUGGCUUCAAAACAAACUCUUCUUCAUCAGAAAAUUGAGGACUGUUCUAAGAAGAUUCGUGAUCUUGGAUCUUUGCCUUCUGAGGCUUUUGAUAAAUAUCAGAAUCUUCCCACUAAACAACUCUUCAAAAAACUGGAAAAUGCAAACAUGGAGCUCAAAAAAUAUUCCCAUGUAAACAAGAAAGCAUUGGACCAGUUCAUCUCAUUUUCUGAACAAAAGGAAAAAUUGGUGAUGAGGAAAGAGGAGUUAGACAGAGGGUAUGACAAAAUCAAAGAGCUAAUGAAUGUCCUUGAACACCGGAAGUAUGAAGCCAUCCAAUUUACCUUUAACCAAGUAUCCAAAUACUUCAGUGAGGUGUUCAAGAAGCUUGCACCACAGGGACAUGCCCAGUUGGUCAUGAAAUCAGACAAUGAAGAUGAAAGUGAGCAAGAAGAGCAAGGAACUGUGGACAACUUCACUGGUGUUGGCAUCCGUGUAUCGUUCACGGGAAGAAAUGCAGAAAUGAGGGAAAUGAACCAGCUGUCUGGUGGACAAAAGUCACUUGUUGCUCUUGCUCUUAUUUUUGCCAUUCAGAAAUGUGAUCCUGCUCCAUUCUAUCUCUUUGAUGAAAUUGAUCAGGCCCUUGAUGCACAACACAGGAAGGCUGUGGCUGACAUGAUCCAUGAACUGAGUAAGGAUGCUCAAUUUAUUACCACUACUUUCAGGCCAGAACUUCUGGAACAUGCAAACAAGUUCUAUGGUGUAAAGUUCAGAAAUAAAGUGUCUCAUGUUGAAUGUGUGUCACGAGAAGAGGCUUAUGAUUUUGUUGAAGAUGACCAAACUCAUGGUUAGAUAUUUUAAUUUAUAUAUAUAUAUAUAUAUAUAUAUAUAUAUAUAUAUAUAUAUAUAUAUAUAUAUAUAUAUAUAUAUAUAUAUAUAUAUAUAUAUAUAUAUAUAUAUAUAUAUAUAUAUAUAUAUAUAUAUAUAUAUAUAUAUAUAUAUAUCACACACAAUACAGUCAAGGGCUAGUCUUCUAAGAAAUAUGAAGGCUUAUUAUUUCUUUUUUUAUUUAUUUUUCCCCAUUGCAUUUUGGUAGGUGAAAUUUGAUAUUCUUUUUUAAACCUGUCAAUAUCUGAUGGAUAUGAAUGCUUCCAGUGUAAAUUGUAAAUAUUUUUGAAAAUUUUGCAUAUCACUUUUUUUCUAGAACUGUUGUUUGUACAAAGAAAUUAAACCCAGAGAAAUAUGUGGCUUAUUUUUUUGAAUGAGCAUAAAUUGAGAGGGACCUGAGGUAACAUAGGUUUUAUAUACAUAGGAGAAUGAAGCACUUAUAUAUUGUGUUACCUGGUAUGUACGAAAAAAGAAAAAAAUAUAUAUUUUCAUCAGAAUUGUGUACAUUUUAGUUGUUUUGAACACAAGCAUAAUAGGCAUUGUAUUUUCAUCCUAUGUUCUCAUCAAAUUAAAGUAUGGAAGAAAUUGAAUCUUUAUAUGGGUGCUCUCUUAUUUUUUAAUAAAGGACCAAACACUUA